AUGUUUCAAAGUCAAUUCGAGCAGGCUGGGAAGACAUCCCAAAUGUAAUAGAAUGUGGUGGGGGAAGUAUGUAAUUUUGAAAACCAAUUCAAUUCAAGAGUGGUGUAUUCAAGGAAAUUAUACUAAUACCUCUUAAUCCAAAUGAUCGUUAUAUGUACACUAUUUGAAUUAAAUCGCUAGCAUUAUUCAUAUAUUGGGUAUAUGCUUCACCUUCUCUCGAUUCCUACUUAGAAGGUAAGCCAUGGCUAUUUUGGCUUUGUCUCUUCAUUUCAAUAGGCACUGCUACAUUGGCAUUGAUAUUCAGAAAGGAUGUUGCAGUAGUCCCCUGGAAUUGGGUUGUGUUUGUCACCUUCACUCUCUCUGUUUCAGUCGUCUGCGGUACAUUGGUGGCUUUGGGAGACUCAGUUAUUGGUCUUUUAGUUUUCAGCAGUCUUGCAAGUAGUCAAUUCAGAAUUACUAUAUAGGCAUGGUGUUUUUCUUGUUUAUGUAUUCAUUGACAGUCAAAAGAAGACUCACCUAUUAGGGCUCAAUACUAUUUAUAUCAGCUAGCAUCCUCCUCAUUUUUGAAAUCUUCACAAUCUUCACUGAGGUUUCCCUCUUUUGGUUAUCUAGUGUUUCACUCUUUGCUUUCCUUUUGGCAUUCCUUCUUAUCUAUGACACUUACACAAAUGUUAAGUAAAAAUAUCAUUUGAAUUUUCUAGUUCAGGAGAUCAAUACGAUGUCAAUUAAGCCGAUGAAGUGUCAGGAAGUGUGAUCAUCUAUUGGGAUGUGAUCUUGCUUUUCUUGAAAAUGAAUGAACUUAUUAAAGAUUACUUGGUGAGGGAACGCAAUUGAAUA